AUGAAUAACUUUGUCGUGCAUUAUAAGAAAAAACACUUAAAAAAGGAUUGUGAAUGUGGCGGCAAAGAAUUGUGUGUAGAGUGUGCGAAAAAAGUGACACAGGCGAAAAAAUUGUGGCGUGAAAACAAAUCCCAACCGAUUGAAAAUUCAAAAUCAGCCGAGCCAGCUACAGUUCAAUUACAAGCAUUGGCAAUUCCACCAUCACAAGCUACACCCCAACAACCACAGCCACCAGUUCAAUCGCAUCCUCCUGAGAUUGCUGCACUAGCUGUAGAUUUGCUUUCCGUCACCACUGUGGGACCUACGUUGCCGAAAACCGAAAUAACGACAUCGAAUGCCAGCGUUUAUUGUUCGCCACAUGUUAUCGCCAGCCUCAGAACUGUGUCACAAACGAAAACAAUUACUGCUACGGCUUCGAUUGGAAAUGCUGAACAUAAAGUCACCACACAAAUUGUGGUUCCAUCCGUUCAACACCAAAAACGACGAAAUAGUAUCGCCAGCCCCAAAUCCAUCUCACGAAUGGGAACGAUUGUCUCUACCGCUACCGCUCUCGCCGAAAUGGCCAAAGACAAAUCCGCCUCACCAAAUAGCAAAAUCCGUCGAUCUAGCAUCGCCAGCUCCGGCUCUCUCACAAAAAUUGAAACGAUCGACGAAAAACCCGCACCUACCGUGUACGACAAAAUAUUGGAAAAAUUCAACUCUACAAAUGCUUCCAGUGAGUCAGCGCACAUUGCCAAACAAGCCGAAGACAAGCAUUUGAAUCAGGCGAAUAUUGACGUAGUGAAUCGCGAGGCGUCGAAAUCUCAACUUGAUUUGGAUUAUGUCAAAAAAUGCCGAGAUAUCGAAAAAUUUUGGAUCAUCGCAACAUAUUUGCGCCGAAAUCCGCACAUUGACAACGCACAGAUUGCCAAAGAUGCCGGGGUAGAUAUGAAAAAGUUGUCAACCUUCAUCGACCAGUCAUCACACAUCACCUGCGAGCAAGCGAUGGGUUUAUAUCCUGGGGCAUACGUGCGCUUGAAAGGAGGAUUCAAAGAAAACGGCAUAAAUACCGAGCUCAACAAAGAACUGCGUGAGUUCGCAAGUAGCCGUCCAGAAUUCAAUGCCAUUCUGAAUGAAUGGGAGGGGCUCAGAACUCAGCUGUGAGCAAACAUGAAUGUAUUCAAACGCCGCUCCGUAUUGAAACGUUAUCGAAACAAACAUAUGCAGUAAUAUGAAAAAAAAAUCUUAUUUGAAAAUAAAUUUCGGUCAUUUUUUUCAAUACUAAACUUAAGUAUUUGUUUGUAAUUGAUAUCUAUAAUUGAUAAAAACGAAAAAAAAAUAAAUUUCCAUUUUGGAAAUGAUCACACAACCAACGGAAUACAAAUCCAAUGCUUAACGACCAUUGCCACGAGCAUUCUAUGGAAAUG